UCCUUCAUAGCCUAGAUCACAUAAUGUCGAAUUUUUUAUACUUUCUCCACGGAAGACCAAGCAGAAGACGAGAGGGGCAUCUGCAACUUGGAAGAUUUGUCACGAUUGCAUUUGCAAGUGAUUCAUGAUUGUUUAUUGAAAUUUCCAAGGAGCGAGUAUGCUACAUCGUUUCCGAAGCACGAAAAUAAAAGACCGGAACCAGUCCUGUGUCAGCUUUUGUGAGGCUGAGCAGAAAGACCUGAGACCGGAAGUUUUUUCUUUUACAGGCUGCAAUGACCUUAUAUCUUUGUUGUGGUGUAGCGCUAGUAAUAGUAUUGGAUUGCGGCGCAACAACUUUUAGACACCCACUCACAACCGCAUCAAACACGAAUUUGCGCAUAUCGAGUUUUAGCAGUUUAUUCCGAGGCCUGUGUUAAGAUCAAGAAAUCCACACUAGAUGUUUUGUAAGAUAAUUGCGUUACCAUAAGAGUACGGUUUGAGCAACCUGGUGAUGAAGUCAUAAAGAGUUUCUUUUUGGAAAAGUAAAAGUUGAGUAGGAUGCAGGGAAGAGUAUGUGCUGGGUAGAAGUACAACCAGGAUGACUAUUAGUUACAGCACGUCGAGUAAAGUAACAUGAACGUCAAGGACACCAGUAACAUUCACCAGUUUCAGUUUGGGACACCAAAUAGCAUUUGCCUCUUUGAAAUGUCAACGUAGGCCACAAGUUCAAAGGUUUGUAUGAUUUUGAAGGAAAACGAACAUACAAUAGCACGGGCCGCCAUGGCGGAAAAAAAAUCAAAG